UUUUUUUUUACUUCCUCCCUCACAGUCUAUCCAUUUACGACUUCCCAUCUUGACCUAACGCCUACAAUUCCGCCCCGAUAAUGAGUUCCCCCUUCGAUAUUAAUGGCGGCGCCUGCGUCGCUAUGGUGGGUAAGGACUGCGUUGCCAUCGCUUGCGAUCUCCGCCUGGGUAUGCAAGCCUUGACUGUCUCCAACAACUUCCCCAAGAUCUUCAACUACGGUCCUUCUACCUUCCUCGGCUUGACGGGCUUGGCGACCGACGUGGCGACCGUGUCAGACCUCUUCCGCUACAAAGUGAACAUGUACCGUCUUCGCGAGGAGCGGAACAUCGCUCCUCAGACCCUGGCCAACUUGGUCAGCUCUUCGCUGUACGAGAAACGGUUCGGUCCUUUCUUCGUCAGUCCCGUCAUUGCCGGCAUCAACAGCACAACAGGCAAGCCCUUCAUUUGCGGGUUUGACAGUAUCGGGUGUAUCGAUUUCGCCAAGGACUUCAUCGUGAGCGGAACCGCAAGUGAGCAGCUGUUCGGUACUUGUGAGGGUCUGUGGGAGCCGGACUUGUCUCCGGAGGAUUUGUUUGAGACCAUCUCCCAAGCCCUACUGAGCGCGGUCGACCGAGACGCUCUCUCCGGUUGGGGUGCACAGGUGUACAUCAUAGAGAAAGAUAAGGUGACCAAGAGACUAUUGAAGGGACGGCAAGAUUAGACGAGAUAAUCACCUGGAUCAUGAAUUUGUGUUUCUUUUCUAUUGUCCCUCCUGCAGUUAUUCUAAUAGGACGCCUCCACCCACUGCCCCCAUCUAAGGUGCUGCCGAUACUGCCAAGGCAUAGAUAUGAAGAGUGCGCGGACCCCGGAAAUGGCUCGUAUAUUCCAGCUGCUCACAAAUUAGACUCCGGUUAGUUCCCGA